AUGAAAGAAACAAUCUCUGAGAAACUUGAGAAAUAUUUCUUUAACCUUCAAUAUGAAGAUUAUGAUAAGGCUGACCAAAAACUUAUUCAGCUUUUAUCUUUAGAAACUGAAGAAUGCGAAGAAUUGUAUCAAAAAGAACCCAAACUUUUUGAUCAAUAUUUUAGAAUGACUAAAAUAGAUGAACCUGAUACUGAAUCAGAACAAGAAGAUAACUUUAAGACUAAUACAAAAACUGUAAAGUUCGAAUAUUCAGAUAUGGAAGAUGAUGAAGCAGAAUCUUCUUAUACAGCCGCUAGAAGAAGCAAUAAAAAGAAAUAUGAGUUCAAAAUGCCUGUCCACAAUGGUAUUCCAAAUAGUGGUCAAGGAUCCAAUACGAUCAAUGUACUCAAUAUUGAUUGUAUCCAAGAUCUAAAACUCAGAGAAAGAGUUGUAGAAAAAUGGGUUACUGAGAUUUCACUAAUCUUACAGACAAACCCAGAUGAAUUUGAAAAAGCAAAAAAUGUUCUACUACUUUUAGAACACAAAACUGAUGGAAUUGUGCAAAAAUUCCUAAGAAACAAUAAUUGGAAUGAAGAAAUGCAUGGUUCAGAUCUUUUUGAUAAUAUCAUAAAUGUCAUAUACACUACUUUCUUAGGUCUUGAUUAUAUUUCUAAUAAAGACUUCACCAUUAAUAAGAAAGUUGACAUAGCAAGAGUUUCAAUGACAAAACUCCAAUUACAUGAUAUUAGUCUUCUCGACAAAUACACAUGUAUGUAUGAAUCAUAUCUGUAUGAUAUUCCACAAAGAAGUGAAUAUGCGCAAUGGAUAUCUGCUUACCUCAUGAAAAUUCCAAUUAUUGGAGAAACCUGUACAGACAGAUGGAAAAAAGAAGUUACUGGAGAAAUCCAGCAAACCAGUCUUUCUUAUGCAACAAAAUUGCAAAAGAAGAAAUUGAUAGAAUCUGUCAAGACAGAUAUAAACAACAAAAACUUAAAACAAUAA